GAUUCUAAGGAUGCAUGCCAAUUCUUUAUACCUUUGCAAAUUUCCUGAUAGUUAAAGUGAUUUUUGAAAUAAAGCAUUCUGCAUCUUAAGGGUUCAGCCCCUGUAAGAUGCAUGAGUUCAAUCAGUUGCAUAGCGUGCAUCAAACUUUUGGUUUUUAGUCCUUGUUUUUUUCUCUUUAUUGUCAGACAUUUCUUUCGAUUUGCUUACGUUGACAUCCAUGGAUAUGUUGUUAGCUCUUCUAGUCUGGUUUACAGGAUUCCAACAGUAGAUAGCAAUAGCAAUGGAUGCCUGCUGCAUCAAAUGUCCGGUUUGUCUGAAAAUGGUCAGCUUUCAAGUAGAAGUCGCUCCGGCACUCUUAGCUCCAUGACCGGAAAUGGUGCUACGGUUGCUGAAUUUCUAAACAACAUUGAAGAAACUAGAUUAGAUGGUCCUCAGAUGCCUUUAGGAACAAAGGGUUUUGUAAAUAAAAAUGACAGCCCUGAAACCAACACUCUGCUUGAGAUUGUAGAUAAUAGUGAGAACUCAAGAAUGGAAGCUCAACUCGAGUUUGUGGAUGAUAACCGUGAAGACCUCCAGAUGGGGAAUCAUUUCGAAGAAGAUGAAGGUGAUGAAUAUGAUUAGAGGUGUGCAUGUUUAAUCAUUUGAUUCUCCAGAGGCUGAUUAACAGUGCUUAAUACCAUGUUUAGAGACGAAAACAAGGGACAGAAGGUUGCUUUUGACUGUGAAGCGAAUUGUUUAAUACUAUGUUGUAUUUUUCCCUAUAUUUAACUGUAAAUUACAGUCAAUGGACUUCCCUAUAGUUGUGAUGUGUAAAUAAUAGAAUUACAGCUCCAGCUCUCUUCUAUUCUAUUAAUUUAAAAAGUUUAUUGGUUGCCAUUCA